GUCGACCGCAGCGGGGAUUGUGGGAAGUGUAGUUUGGAGACCCCGCCCUCUUCGCCAUUCCUCUAAUGGCUGCUUCCGGGAAGGCACUGUCACGUGAAGCCUCUUAGCCUCAGCGAUCCGGCACUCCAGGAAGGAACGAUUUCGAAUCAGAGAGGAUUAUACGUAAAUUUUUUUUUCUUUUUUUGAAACCUUCAGUCCUCGAGAUCCACAUACCUGAAGAUCCCAACAUCAUGACCUCAGUUUCAACACAGUUGCUCUUGGUCCUCAUUUCACUGCUUUUGGUGCUGCCAGUUGUUGAAGCCGUAGAAGCUGGAGAUGCAAUCGCUCUCUUGCUAGGGGUGGCUCUCAGCAUUACAGGCAUUUGUGCUUGUUUGGGGGUAUAUGCACGAAAGAGGAAUGGACAGAUGUGAUUGUGAUGGGCCUUCUGCAUCGAACCUUGCCUGGAAAACCUUUGUGUUACUGAGGUUAAAAACUGAGCUUUAAAGUCUAAAAGUUCCCAAGAAACAUGGUAUUUUCACAUUCUUGUCUCCCUGCAAAUGGGAACAAAUUAAUAUAUGUUAAAUGGGGGGGAAAAAACCCACAAAAAAAUAGUGCACUGAAAAAAAGCAGUCUAUAAUUCAUAUAUGUUAGUUAAAGGGUCAAAGAAGUCAGAUGAUUGAAAUUUACACAUUAUUUCUUAGUUUCUCAGAAUUCUUAAAGUGCAUGAAGUAGGAACAA